AUGACAGCCGUGGAGAGGAUCGAGGGGGCGUUCAUUAUGGAACUUGCGAUAACUGUGAUGUUGUACGGCAUCACAACAACGCAGGCCCAUUUCUAUUGGUGGUCCUAUCCUCAAGAUGCUAAGUUGAUCAAGCGGAUUGUGCUCAUCGUAUGGAUUCUAGAGACUGUGCAUACUGUAUUCUGCCUGCAUUUGAUGUACAACUACACCAUUGUUGACUUUGGAAGCCUUGAGCAUGUAGUGAAUCUUGUAUGGUCAUCAUUGCAGCGAUCAUACAAAGUGAGCGAUAGGAAUGUCGUGAUCACGGUCAUUCCUGCCAUCUUGCUUUUCGUCCGAGUAGAAUUUCACAGCUCAUUGGGUCCUCGGGUGAGCACUCAUGGCGUCUCCAUCAUCACGAUUACCUUCGGACUAGUCCUAUCUGCCGUGGUCGACCUCGUCAUCGCUGCCCUACUCAUAUACUACUUGCAAUCUAAUCAGUCACUCUCUCAAAGAACACAUCACAUCAUCAGUUCACUUCAAGCCUAUGUAAUCAACACCGGGGCUUUGACCAUGAUUGUGUCGAUCGCCAUCGUGCUCACGUUCGCACUGAUCAAUGGUAGCUUCCUCUUCCUCGGGCUGGUAGAGAUCCAGAGCAAGCUAUACGCGAACUCAUUUCUUGCGACCCUCAACGCUCGUCAGCACCUGAACCAAGCCUCGGCAGAUCCGGCACGUGAGGCCAUCUCGAUGAGCACCAGCAUGUAUCCGAGGAGUCAGAACUUCACAGGACAAACGCACUCCAUUGAGGUUUAUAGAACAGUCGAAAGAGACAGCACAUUCUACGGUAGCGAGUUGCCGUCACCCGAGAUUGCUGGUACGUACAUCGGAAGUCUCGAAGGAGGCAAGACCGAUCUGUACAAGGCACCACCUCUGAGCGAGUAUGGAGAGGCCUUGUAG